AUGUCUCUCAAUCUCUUAUCUCGGUCUUCGCUACUGCGCAGUGUCGCCAAUGCUGUCCCCUUGGCGUGUCGCUGGAGCUCGACCGCCGCCAUGAGUGCCUUCACCUCCCAGCGAAGCACAGGUCAACAGCAGAGUCCCCGAGUCUCCCGACGCCGCUUACCGAACCGCAUGCGACUUGUCGAAGAUCAAAAGGCACAGGGCGAGAGCCGUGCUUUGGAGAAAUUCCAGACUCGCGAGUGGAAGGCUGGUGAUGUUUAUUCUCCACACGAUCUCAGCCCGGCUGAGAUGAAGAAAUGGGGAAAGCGCAAGAGUCCCUCCCGGGAUGCCUUCGAUGCGUUGAACCUGAACCCAAUGAGUCUCUACAAGAACUUUGCCGUCAUGUCCGAAUAUGUUUCGCCCCUAGGCCGUAUCAAGCACCGCGACCAAACUGGUCUACGACCCGUCAACCAGCGCAAGAUCGCAAAGGCCAUCCGCCGAGCCAUGGGCCUCGGCCUCAUGCCCUCUGUCCACCGACACCCCGAAAUCCUGGCUGGAGAACUCAAGGCGAGGAUGGAGAACCAAUUCAUCUGGGCCGCGAGCCCCUCCACCACUCGUGGCCAGCCCACCCAGCUUGCAUCCGACUCCAAAGGCGAGCGACUUGCUUAUGCUUCCAACAAAUCCAUCUUCCUUCGAUCGAUCGAUGACCCCGCAGUCGCCAGACAAUACACCGAACACAAGGCCGCAACAACCGUCGCCCGCUUCUCCCCCUCAGGCUUCUACGUCGCCAGUGGUGACGCCGCCGGUGUCGUGAGAGUAUGGGACUGCGUCGGCGACGGCAUCACCAAGGGUGAAUACAGCAUCGUCAACGGCCGCAUCAACGACCUAGCAUGGGACGGUGAUUCGCAGCGCAUCAUCGCCGUCGGUGACGGAAAGCAACGCUACGGACACUGCAUCAGCUGGGACAGCGGCAACACCGUCGGAGAAAUCUACGGCCACACGCAACAAAUCAACUCGGUCUCCAUCAAACAGCAGCGGCCACUACGAGCCGCCGCCGCCGGCGACGAUAAGAAGCUGGUCUUCUACCACGGCGCACCAUUCAAAUUCAAUACCGGAAUCGGAGACAAGCACACGAACUACAUCUACGGCGUGGAAUUUAGUCCCGAUGGCUCGACUUUGGCUAGUGUUGGCGCAGAUCGCAAGAUCUGGCUCUACGAUGGCAAGACGGGUGAAGCGCGGGCCCAAAUUGGCGAGGGGGAGCAUAAGGGUAGUAUCUUUGGACUGUCGUGGUCGAAGGACUCGCGCAAAUUUGUCACUGCGAGCGCGGACCGGACUGUUAAGAUUUGGGAUGUCGAGGCUGGUAAAGCUACCCAGAGCUGGACUCUGGGUGAGGAGGGUGCGCUGGCUGUUCGCGACCAACAAGUUGGCGUUGUCUGGCCACCGGCUAGAAGCGAUAACCUGCUCAUCAGUUUGUCUUUGAGCGGUGAUCUGAAUUACCUGGUGGAGGGUACUCCUGAACCCCGACAGGUUGUUCAGGGCCACCAGAAGAAUAUUACCUCCCUGGGCCAAUCUACGGUGGACGGUAAGGAGACGCUGUGGACUGGUAGCUUUGACGGCCGCGUCUGUAGUUGGGACGCUGCUACUGGUAUCGCUGGCGAUAUCGAGGGUGAGGGUCACCCCGGUUACAUUGCCGGUCUGGCACCGACAUCCGAGGGCGCGGGCAGGAUUUACAGUGUCGGCUGGGACGACACAAUCCGCUCGAUUGAUGCCAGCGCGAAGACUUUCACCGGCACUGCUGCCAAGCUCGGCGGACAGCCCAAGGGUGUUGCGGCGGCUGAUAAGACCGUUCUUGUCGGUGCAGCUGAGUCUGUGGAAAUUUUCCAGGAUGGCAAGAAGACUGGCGAUUUCAAGAGUAAGGUCGACGUUACGACCGUCGCUGCUCAUGGCGCUAUUGCUGCUGUUGGUGGUGAGGACGGAUCGGUUCAGAUCUGCAACAUCUCCAGCUCGGGCUUGUCCGUCCAGUCUGAGAUCGCGGCUUCGCGUGACCAGAUCUCUCAACUUGCCUUCUCCCCCGACGGUGCUAACCUAGCUAUUGGAAAUGGACGAGGACGUAUCGUUGUCUACAAGGUGGCUGAUGGAAGUCUCGUCACUGAUCGCUGGACGGCACACACAGCUCGCGUCACUUCCCUUGCUUGGAACCAGGCCGGUUCCCAUGUUGUUAGCGGAUCUUUGGAUACCAAUAUCUUUGUCUGGAGCUUGGCUAAGCCUGGUACCAAGUUGGAGGUUAAGAAUGCUCAUAAGGAGGGAGUUAACGGUGUGGCUUGGGUUGAUGCCAGCUCUAAGAUUGUUUCUGCGGGUGUCGAUGCUGCAGUUAAGGUGUGGAAGGUGGAGGGCCUGCAAUAG